CAGCAUGUACAUUUUAAAAUGUGAAAUUCAUAUUUAACUUGCAUUUCAAUUUUGUUACAUAUUAGUCAACUAUUAAAUCUAUUCACUAUGUAGUGUCCACGUCAUAUAUUUAUACUCCACACUGCUUCUACAUGCUGCUCAGCCAUGGGCUUUGGAGUCUGAGACUGCUGCUAUGGCAACCACUCACAAGGACAAGUUGAGGGAGAGGGAGUAGGUGGUUGAGGUUGGCAGUGAGAUGGCAACACCUCCUCUCAUUGGUUGUUAGAAUUGGCUCACCCCGCCCACUCUACUGUGUCAUCGUUUCUGCUGCAAAACCCGUGACUGCUGCUGCUUGCUCCGUCACACUCUGCAUCAUUGGAUUUAUUGAGUCACGGUAAAGGAUGCAGUAGUCCACGUGUAGAGCUAGUUUUGAGACUGAGCAUAGAAUGCUGCAAAACAAAAGAGAAGGCAAUAAUCAUCUGAUGACGAAUAACAUUGCAAGAUGGCAGACUGGAAGAUAAUGCUAAAAGAAACCAUUGAUGGAGCUGGACAAGAGAAGAUACUGACACAUAUCCAGUGACUUUUGAAAACGGAAUAACAACCAAAAUAAUGACAUCACUGGAUAAAGAGGCAUAGACCAAUUAAAGGAUGCUAACAGAUAUUUCCAAAAAACAGCAUACCAAUGAAAGACUUCAAGACAACUGGUGACACAGUUUGACAGCUCAUGGAAUCGGUUGGUAGCAUGGCACCAGAAACGAUAGGGAGCACACUACCCUGACUGCAAGCUGCUAAUGAGUGUGGGACCAAAAGGAUCUGCGAUAGAAUUGGGGCGAUUCUUUUGUGGGGCAAACACUGUGCCAGAUUGUCACUGCAAACUAUUCUGGGAUAGGAAAACUGGACCUAUUAAUUGACAGACAAAUACCAUCAGAGUAUAUAAGACCCCAGUGACAACUGGUCAUCUCGGAGCAUGCUGGGGUGUUGGACAGAUAAGGUAUAUUGGAGACAAUACCAUACAACUGUGUGUCUGGGCAGUGAGGAUGAAGAGGAGGGGACAGAGGUUUGUGAAGUCGGACUACUAUGAACUGGACUGGUACUAUGAAGAGUGUACUGAUGUGCUGUGUGCUGAUAGAGUUGGACAGAUGACAAAGACUUACAGUGACAUUGACGCCGUCACUCGACUGCUGGAAGAGAAAGAACGUGACUUGGAAUUAGCAGCUCGCAUCGGCCAAUCACUACUGAAGAAAAACAAGGCCCUGAGUGACAGGAACGAACUACUGGAGGAGCAAGUUGAGCAUAUACGAGAGGAGGUAUCCCAAUUGCGCCAUGACGUGUCCAUGAAAGAUGAGCUGUUGCAGUUCUAUACCAACGCUGCUGAGGAAAGCGAGGGGGAGUCAACCACUCCCACACCUGUACGACCCACUGAGAACAACGUGUCGACGCCAACUUUUUUCCCGUUGGACUCCUUGCAGAAGAAACUGAAAGAUCUAGAAGAAGAAAAUAAGUCUCUUCGCUCUGAGGCCAGUCAUUUGGAGACAGAAACCCUCUGCUUUGAAGAAAAAGAACAACAGUUGGUCAAUGACUGUGUCAAAGAACUUCGCGUUGCCAACCUGCAAAUUUCCUCUCUGGCUGAAGAGCUGGCAAAGAAAUCUGAUGAUGCUUCCAGACAGCAAGAGGAGAUCACUCAUCUUCUCUCCCAGAUAGUGGACCUCCAGAAAAAGGCCAAGAUGUAUGCUGUAGAGAACGAAGAACUCACACAGCACUUGGGAGCUGCCAAAGAUGCUCAGCGACAACUCACUGCUGAGUUACGUGAGUUACAGGACAAAUAUGCUGAGUGCAUGGAGAUGCUACAUGAGGCUCAAGAGGAGCUAAAAAAUCUAAGAAAUAAAACUGUUCCAUCUAACACACAGAGACGUUUCCAUUCUCUGGGCUUGUUUCCAAUGGACUCUCUGGCUGCAGAAAUAGAGGGCACCAUGAGGAAAGAACUACAGAUGGAUGACCCAGAUGUUGAGGAGCAAAGACUGCAGCCAAAACGUGUGUUCCAGACUGUAAAAAACCUCAACCUUAUGCGUCAGCAGCGCCUGUCGCUUGCCCCCUCCCCCCUCAACAUCCCAGGCUCCAAUCAGUCAUCAUGCCUCACUUCGGGCCGCUCCAGCCGGGUGGGCACACCUUGCUCCAACUCCAUGUAUGGCAGUGAAACAGGAAGUGGAAUUAUGCUAGACAACAGGAGUAGCUGCAUCUUGGAGACGCCAGAUAAUGGGUCAGAGGACUCAAAUAAGCGGCCCCCUGGGACUCCAGGCACCCCUGGCAGCCGUGACCUGGAGGCAGCCCUCCGGCGUCUGUCUCUACGCCGCGACAACUACCUCUCGGAAAAACGUUUCUUUGAAGAAGAGAGGGAGAGGAAAUUGGCAUACCUGGCCAAAGAGGAGGAAAAAGGAGGCGGUGAAUGUAGUGGAGGCCCAGGGACACCUACAGAGAGUCUGUUCUCGCUAUGCUCUCAUCCGUCGCUGGGCAGCAUGUGGUCGGGAUACUCAUUCACCGCCAGAUCCUACCUACCGGAGAAGCUGCAGAUUGUAAAGCCGCUAGAAGGUUCUGCAACCCUCUAUGCAUGGCAGCAGUUGGCUCAACCCCACAUGGGCGCUCUGCUGGAUGACCGACCCGGCGUGGUCACCAAGGGUUUUCGCACUUUAGCACAUGAGCAGGACGAGGUAGACUGCUGGCAACUGGACCAGCCAGAGGAGGACGAAGUCUCGAGUGACUCAUUCGCAGGCUUAUCAGGAGACAACUUUUCGGACCCUUUGUACUCCAAUUCUCCACUUUCCAUCCACUGCAGCCAAAAUAGCAACAUUGAUGCCAGUAGCCACUCAGAAACACUGCAGAGUGAAAGAGCAGGGACAUUAGAGAAAAUUCAAUCAAAAGAUUUUAACCCUUCUUCAAGCCCACCCCCUUCUUCCUCAACACCAUCUUCCUCUGGGAUGAACGGGCAUGUGGAUUUCAAGGAACUCGGCACAUUGGACCACAUGCCUGUCAACUUCCCAGGGAAGUGCAUGUCCCACACUAAUUCCACCUACACGCUCACCACCUGCAGGAUUCUUCAUCCCUCUGAUCAGCUGACCUCCAUGUCACCAAGUACUCUGUCCUCUUGUCGGAGCAGUACGUCAUCUACUCCGCAUACACCUUCCUACACCCCCUGCUGCACGCCACGACGCCUGUCCCUCGCCCUGACUGAAUCCUCCACCAACCUUCGAGACCCUACCAAGACCACCAGCACCUCACUUGGGCUUGGACGCCUCCUGCUGGAGCACGGGAUCUCUGCAUCAGCGUUCGACCCGAGCAUGCAGGACCUCAGAGAGCAGCCGACGUCUGAUGACACUGCAGAUAGAGAUGACAACAAAUUGCUGAAGAAGCGCCCCGACAGCCUCCCCUUUCUCCUGCCUUCGACUCCGCCAAAUUCUCCCCGUUCUUACUCCAAAUUACCCGCCUGCGCAGAUUUUCCCUUCAGCCCCUCCGAUGACCACCCACCAUAUUUUUACACUUUCUUGGCUUCUAAGCCGGCACGCAUUAUCCUGAGGGAAGUGCGAAGUGAGGCAGAGAGGGACACAAGCGACAAGAUGAGUGACGAAGGUCAAACAGAAACGUUGAACCUGAGACUCGUGGAAAAACUGAAAAGCUUCCGCACCCUUCCUCCGCACACCACUUCCAUGGCAUCUGCAAGUUCUCUGUUAGCCCCGUUUUGCUCCACAGGGAUGAGGAGGAACAGGAGCUUUCCUGCCUUGGUAGGAGCUAGUAUGGCUAUGAAAGAUCCAGGAGGUUCCCAUACUACUGAUAUCCUUAUACCCCAUUCAAUACAAGGCCCAGAAAUGCAACCGGCAUUGCAUGCAUUUGGCUUAAGACAAACACAAGCAGAUCACAGUGUUACAUCACUUACCACAAACCAGAGACAAGCCACCACCAGUAAAAUGCUGCAAGACUCCAUUAGCAAUGAAAGGUCAUGAUGGGAUCAUUGCAUAAACAAUAAAUACAAAUUUCCGAGACCGGAUAGCUGAGUACAAUUAAAAGCCUUUAUUAUAUUCAUUUAUAACUUCUUUUAUUUAACAGUAAUCAUUGGAGUCAAUGUCAGUAAGUUAAACUGUGGUGAAUGAACUCAUUUGGGCCAUUUCUUGUCUUUACAGUCAGGAAUAAUGUUGCCUUUUCGUAUGCGUACAUGACGUUCAAUAUACUCUUCAGAUGAAAUGGUUUCGGUUUUAAAUUAACGAACCAAUUGGUCAAAACAACAAUUUUUUUUAUUUUUCAUUUCCCCUAUUUACCUGCUCAACAUGAAGAAUUGCACUAGUUGUAAGAAGAAGGAUUUAACUGAUCAUACUGGCCUGAAUAUACAGUGAGGAAAAUAAGCAUUUGAACACUCUGCGAUUUUGCAAGUCCUCCCACUUAGAAAUGAUGGGUCGGUUUAAAAUGUUUGUGGUAGGUGCUUGCCCACAGUGAGAGACAAUCUAAAAAAAUUCCAGAAAUCACAGUGUAUGAUUUUUAAACAAUUUAUUUCUAUUAUACUGCUGCAAAAAGGUAUUUGAACGCCUGAGAAAAUUGAUGUCAAUAUUUGGUAACACCAUUUACCAUUACAGUAGCCUCUGUUUACAAUUACAGAGGUCAAACGUUUCCUGUAACUUUUCACCAGGUUUGCACAGACUGCAGCAGGGAUUUUGCACCACUGCACUACACAGAUCUUCUUUAGAUCAAUCAGGUUUCUGGACUGUCACUGAGAACCACAGAGUUUGAGCCUCCUCCAAAGAUUUUCUAUUUGGUUUAGGUCUGGAGACUGGCUGAGCCCCUCCAGAACCUUUACAUGCCUUUUAUGAAGCCACUCCUUGGUUAUUCUUGCUGUCUGCUUCGGGCCAUUGUUAUGUUGGAAGACCCAGUCAUGACCCAUUUUCAAUGCUUGGACUGAGGGAAGGAGGUUAUUCCACAAAAGCUCACAAUGCAUGGCCCUGGUCAUCCUCUCCUUUAUCCAGUGCAGUCGCCCAGUCUCGUGUGCAGAAAAACACCCCUAAAACAUAAUGCUACCACCCCCAUGCUUCACAGUAGUGAUGGUGUUUUUGGGGUGGUACUUAUCACUCUUCUUCCUCCAAACACUACAAAUAGAAUUAACACCACAAGUUUAAUUUUGAUCAUAACUUUCUUCCAUGACUCCUCUGGAUUGUCCAAAUGGUCAGUGGCAAACUUAAGGCAUGUGCUGGUUUAAGCAGGGGAACAUUGAGUGCCAUGCAUGAUUUUAAUCCAUGAUGUCUUAGUGUAUCACCAACAGUACCCUUGGAAAUGGUGGUCCCAGCGCCCCCUGUGUAAUUCUUGGCUGAUUCCUAACCAUUCUUAGGAUCAUUGAGACCCUACAAGGUAGAUCUUGGAUGGAGCCCCAGUCCGAGGGAGAUUGAGAGUCAUGUUGAGCUUCUUCCAUUUCCAAAUAAUUGCUCCAACGGUGGAUCUUAUAUCACCAAGCUGCUUCGCAACUCUUUACAGCCCUGUAGAAGUCUACAAUUCAUCUGUGGUGUCUUUGGACAGCUCUUAGGGGUGUAUGGAGGGAACAGGUGUUUAUAUGCAGCUGACACAAACAGGUCAAAAAGUCCACCUCCACUUCACUUGUUGAGGAGAAUUAGUGGAGUGAAGGUGGACUUUUGAAAGGCGACUAACAUGUCUUUGAGGCUCACAAUUCUAGCUAAUAGACAGGUGUUCAAAUACUUACUUGCAGCAGGAUAAUACAAAUAAAUUGUUAAAAAAUCAUACACUGUGAUUUCUGGACUUUUAACACUGUUUCUCACAGUGGACAAGCACCUCCCAUGAAAAUGUCAAACCCGCACUUCAUUUCUAAUUGGAAGAACUUCGAAAAUCGCAGGAUGUUCACAUGCUUAUUUUCCUCGCUGUUUAGUUAUUUAUUUUUCUUAAAUGGUCAUGUCUUUUAAAAGUCUUUUUAGAAAUCAAAAGUCUUCCCUAAAUGUCUGCAGUUUGAUUACUGCUUUAGUCUACAGUUACUGCAAAUAUGAUACAAAGGUAUUGAGAAGGGAUAUUUUAUUGUGCCCCUUGUCACAGAUUUGUGUGCAACUGUCUUCAUUCUACAAAAAAAAAGAAGAAAAAUUAAAUUGUGCUCCUUUUAUAUCCAGGCCUCGAUGGCUAAUUGUGAGCAUAUAUAAUUGAUUUCGCCCUGCUGGACAAAUAACUUUCUCCGUGUUGGGGGAUUAUGAGUCAUUAAUAUCCAGGUUCUCUCUUUUAAUGUGGGUGCUUUGCUAUGUGUGAAUGUUCUAAUGUGCCUAAAACAUGUUACUCACUGGUAUUUUUGACAGCGGUCAUGCUUUUUUUCAAAAAAAUUUUUCUUGUCUGAGUAAUUGAGAAGAAAAAAAAACACUACCUAAAUCUGUGAAAGAUGAGACUGAAUGUUCCUCAAAACAAAAUCACAAUCUCUGCUUGUUCGUAAACUUUAGUAACAUUGUUGGGGUAGCAACACCAUGUAAACCUUUGGUUAGCCUGAUAAAUAUUUGGUGAAUUAUUCUGCCUACACCCUUUUUUUUUUUUUUUUUUUUUUUUAAAU